CCUACAUUUCUCUAAUCAAUAAGGAAUUUAGCAAAAAAAAAAAAAACAAUAAGAACAGUAUGAUGAAGAUACAAUUACUGCUCGUGAUUAUCUUAGUUGUUAUUUUCGUUGUUGUCUUGGACGUUACGGAAGUUGAGGCCAUGAGGCCUUUCCCGGAGGCCGUUGAUGAGAUCAGUCUACUGUUGUUUCAGGCGCUGCAAAGAGGCCCAGUCACUGGCUCUGGUCGGAACGGUUGCACCAAUAUUCCUCGCGGCUCAGGAAGGUGCCGCCGCGGCUAGAGCUGUCAUACGAAUCUUCUCCCACUUCAUUAUUCGUUGAUUCUUUUUUUCCCACGUACAUAAUUACAUAUACGUAGCUUUAGACUUGGUCUCAUAUCAUUUGAACUUUAAUCAACGUAAAUUUAAUAAGUUUAUUUAAUGUGUGUCCUCAAUGACAAUACAUACAUGUUUUUUUUUGGCUAUUCACUAAGUUGGUCAAGAAACAUUUGCAGAAACAAAUCUAAACUAAUAAUCAAAAGAUUUUCA